AUGACUGUCAGUAACUUCAACAAUGAAACACCUGCAUUAAUAUUGACAAGAUUUAAUUUAGUUCCUCCCACUAAUCCUUCAAUGUCCUUACCAACAGCACCAACAAGUAGUUCUUCCAGUGAUAAAAAUCGCUAUUACAGAGGGGAGAGCAUGCAAGAGCAAGUAUAUGGCGUCAACAACUCGCUUGGAAAUCCUGUGAGUGUUCCAAAAUCAAAUAUGAUGAAAAACUCCUCCAAAACAAAAAAGGUUAAUACUAAAAAGCAACAGAAUUCUCAGUCAGAAGACACAAAGUUUACAACCAUGGAUGCUGGUACACCCAACUCAAUUAUCAGAAACGUUAACGACAAAAAUGAAGAGUUUUCUACCCCAAAAAUCAAUCACAUACAUGACUCGAACUUAUUAGAUACUCAAGAUACCACUGGACUUCAUACUAUUAUGGAUGAUCUAUCUCAUAUGGAAUCUUUGGUGACGUCCUCA